CCUUGUUUUCAUGUGGAGAAGCGGCUAAUGAUAGCAACGAACACUUAGGAGAAAAAUAAUUUAAUAUUGUGUUUUCUGACGCUCCCACGGUCUGGUAAAAAUCGCGAGAGGAGUUGAAUGUUUCGUUUAUUUGUUACGUUUUCAGUUAGACUAAACGACUCUUUUUAAUCCCGGGAACGGAGACGCGGCCUGCUCCAGUAGCCGGCUUCCUGGUGCAGCUCGAGCGGCUUGCCUUAUCAGGAGAGCCCGGUGCUUCCGUUAGCUUCUUUUCCUUUGACGCGACCAACCCAUUGGAGCUUUUUUUAAUUAUUUCUACCAGUCUUAUUUUUAUCCCGGAUAUCUACCCUCUUGCUGCGCGGACGUUGCCGGCGUUUCUCCCCUCAAAAGGACCAUUUAAAGCCCGGGGCGGCCUGUUUUGUUUUCGAGCCGCCAUGAAUCUCUGCGAACAAUAACAGAACCAUAAAUAACUACCGGGGCUGCAUCCCAACUGGAGGUUUUAAUCGAUGCAUCAUGCGCUACAAGCUGUGGGACAAGCCGGGAGGAACCUGCAUGUGGAUGAUGGAUCUAUGUGAAGGAGAACAUCGCAAACAGGAGCAGUUUGUCAUGUGAAUUUCAGAGCUUCUGCGAGGCAACCGGCUGAAAGCAGCGUUUAAAGCUGGAGGAAAAGGGCUCCACCUGUGGGCUUCAUAUUUAAUAUUUCACCCAUCACUGGAUCCAACUAAACCGGGGGGAAAAGUAAAAUUAUGUCCGAAGCUCUUGCUCCUAUUUCUGGGCUGGAUGGAUGGGAUGUUUAACUUGGAUUUCCCUGCUCUCAGGCUCUCAUAUGUGUGGGAUUUACCGACAGGGAAGUGACCGAGGGUCCUGCCUCCAUCUAUGCUCUCUCCUAAGCCACCAGACUCCCCUGACAAAUAUUUGUACCUCCCAGAAAGCGGGAGUUGAACGGGUAAAUUAUCUGGUGUUUUAACGUACUGUUCCGCUUUAACGGAGCGAGCCUGCCAGCUGAGAUGAACCCAGUGAAUGCCACCGCUCUCUACGUCUCUGCGAGCCGCUCGGUGCUGCAGUGCGACCCCAGAGAUCCCCGGGAGCUGGCGGAGCUCUGUAAGGUGCUGCCCUUCUUCCGCCAGUCCCUGUCCUGCCUGGUCUGUGGUAACCUGCUGCAGGACCCCAUCGCUCCCACCAACUCGUCAUGUCAGCAUUACGUCUGCCGUGGCUGUAAGGGUCAGAGGAUGCAGCUGAAGCCGUCCUGCAGUUGGUGUAAGGACUACACCCGCUUCGAGGAAAACCGGCAGCUCUCUUUGCUCGUCCACUGUUACAGGAAGCUCUGCCUCUACAUCACCCAGUCGCCGCUCGCUCCACACCUCGCCAGCGCUGCCAGCGACUCCCCGGACCUCCAGGCCAUCCUGGAGGAAGGCUUAACGUUGGCGGAGAGCGAGCUGGAGUCGGAGGAUGUUUCAGAUUCGGCCUCGCCGUCGCAGACCGCUUCCACCUCAGAGGUGGCUCAGCCUGAUGAGGCUCCGCCCUCCACAGAGGUUAAAGACGAGGAGCGGAGCCCGGCGACGGUGAACGGACUUCAUGACUGUAACGGACUGAUCGGUUCAGACUCGCUGCAGCCCAUCACCGCAGAAACGGGCGGGGAUGUGGCAAAGCAAGAGAGCUUCUCAGAGGACAUACCGGUGUGUGUGAGCAUGACGGCCAGCGGGGAGGCGGGGCUUUGUGACAUCAGCCCUCUAGGGGAGGACCUGAAACACAGCGGGGGGCAACUGAUGUUAAGUGUAGAGGAUGUGCUCAGGACUCUGGAGACGGACGCGGAUCCUGCCGCCACAGCUGAGCCUCACCCAGACUUCCACCCAUUAGUACCUCAGCCCAGCCUGAACGGGCCGCAUCGCCUCGACCCGUCCUGCCUCAUCCUGGAGAACAGCCCCCGGCUGCUCCAUCCCCACCUGCUGCCCCCCCCUCAGCCCCCUGUAGUGCCCCCCCAUGUUCCCCCACGCUGCCCUCGUAAACGCUCCCGCUCAGAAAGCGACAGCGAGAAGGUGCAGCCCCUUAACAUUACCAGCCUUUUACGAGGGCCCACAUUCGGCGGCCUCAACCAUCCCGUUAACGCUGGUGCCACCACCAAACACGAGCCGAAGUUCUCUGCUGCCACGCCACACCCCCACCUCUUACCUGUCCCCAACGGCGGCCCCCCGAAGGUGGGCAAGAGCGUGUUGCUCCCCAACAAGGCUCUUAAAAAGACUAUGGAGCACCACGGGGCCAACAAGAAACCUUACACAAAGGUCCGGCAAGGGGCCCCAAAACCUCGCGCACAACCCCGUGACAGAGUGCCCCCACACCCCCACGUGCACCCCCUCUCUCAUCCACCGAGCCCCUCAAAGCCGCUGUACAAGAAGCCUGUAGAGAAGAAGGGCUGUAAAUGUGGCCGAGCGACGCAGAAUCCCUCAGUGUUGACCUGCAGGGGGCAGCGUUGUCCCUGCUACUCUAACCGCAAGGCGUGUCUGGAUUGCAUCUGCCGCGGCUGCCAGAACUCCUACAUGGCCAACGGGGAGAAGAAGCUGGAGGCCUUCGCUGUGCCGGAGAAGGCCCUGGAGCAAACCCGGCUCACGCUGGGCAUCAACCUCACCAGUAUCGCCGCCGCGGCCCUCCGAAGCCCAGCCGGCGGCUCCCCGGGCGGCACCCUCCUCAACGUCACCACGGCGACCGGCGCGCCCGUCUCCGCCGCCUUCCUGUCGGGGGCCGGCCACGACAACCGGGCCUUCGAGGAUUCACUGGAAAUGCGGUUUGACUGUUGAGGUCUCCUCCCCCCUCCCCCACCUUCCUACAUUCCCAGGUCGACCUGCAGCAGCGGAGCCAGAAAAAGGCAGCUACAGUACCGGGCGGUCUGACCGCGCCCAGCAUGUGGUCUUUCAUCCCGAGAGGAGAAGAAGAAAGGAGAGAGACCUAGAGUUACUUUAUGAGCAGAGAUUUCAUUUCAGCCAGAUUAGUUUCCUUUCUGUUUUCUUCUCUACGUCGGGUUUUGUGUAGAGCAUGAAGAUGUGUAGGUGAGUCAGGAGGUGUGUGAGUGUGAGGGCACCUGGUUUGGAGACAGUCGACAUCAUCAGACUGGUGGGAAAAUCAAAAUAUUUACACCCAGAUGCAUCAAUUCAGCAUUUUUUCUACCAAUCAGAAGCAGAUCUGCAUUCAACCAGGAUGUUUUACAGUGCUAAAGGGCAGAUGGGAACCUCCAAUCAUAAAGCAUUCAAAGCUCAACUACAAUAAUAGUUUCUUACCUGCUUAGCUGUAGAGCCAGGAUGUGAAUUUUAACACCACCAGCCAAGGUUUAAUAUGCCUGUUGAAUGUUUAUACUAUGUGAGCCACUUAAGCCACUAAAUAUUACUCUGAUAUGUUGUAUACUUACAGAAACAUGUAUUUAAGUAGUAAAAUUGUGAAUUUUAAGUAUGGAGGAAAAACAAAAAAAAAUCCCUGGUUUGCUGUUUUUUAAAUGUCGUCAUUUGUGUGUUUGUGAACAUGAAGCACUUUCUCACACUGGUCACACAGCUGAAGAAACUCACCCACCGCGUUGCUCAUCUGCUCUUUUAUGCGUUUAAAAACCUCUGGUUGAUUGCAGAUGUUUGCCACAAGUUUGGGUCCAGAUGCUGCUAAAGUACCACAGAAAUAGUAGAGAAGAGGA